AUGGGAGAAUUCAAGAAACUAUCUCCACCUAGUUUUGAAGGAACAACUGAUCCCAUGAUUGCUGAGCAUUGGAUCACAGAAAUGGAGAAGGUCUUCACAUACAUGAAAUGCCCUGAAGAGGAGAAGGUUGAUUAUGCAGUAUACAUGUUAAAGGACCGCGCUUACGGGUGGUGGCAAAUGCAGGUCAGGACAUUGGGUGAGAAGGCAUACAAGUUAUCAUGGGAGGAAUUUAAAAAGAUUUUUUAUGAAAAAUAUUUUCCUUCAACUGUUCGCAAACAAAAAGAGCAGGAGUUUCGAAAAUUGGAGCAAGGUGAUAAGACAGUAGCUGAAUAUGAAGAAGAGUUCACUUACCUAUCAAAAUUUGUCAUUCACUUGUUGGGUAAUGAGGAAGAUAGAGCUCGUCGAUUCAAGGAAAUGCUUCGACCGGACAUCCAGAAGACGGUCAGUGCAAUUGAACUCCCUACAUAUGGAGAAGUGUUAAAGAAUGCCUUGUUAAUUGAGAAAAAUGAAAUUGGUACAAAACCAAGGAAUGAGACGAGCAGCUUAUACCCAAAGAAGCGGUUCUGGCAAGAUAAUCGUGGUGGAAGAAAUAAAAAUUGGAAAAAAGCAGAAUUUUGGGCGCAGAGAGGAACAAUUUCCUACCCAGAAAACUUUAAGAUGUGA